AACUUUGGCACGUUAAUUAAAACGUGAAGUUGACAAUUAUAUUUUUUAUUUGACAAGAAUAUAAUCAAUAACAUUUCCUAUAUAAGCCUAUUCUCUAUCAAUAAUUGUUAUUGUGUUAAAAAUCUUACUGUGGUUAACUAAUUCAAGAUGAAAAUCAUUGUGCUGUUAGCGGUUGUCGGCGCUGCAUUAACCGUCCCGAUUGAUUACUAUACGACAGCUGAUGAUAAUCUGGAUAUGAAGGCAGUGGUCAGCGAUUCAGCGAAGCUCAAAGCCAUGACUGACUGCUUCCUGGAUAGAGGCGAUUGUGAUGAAGUUACAAUGAGUUACAAAAAAAUACUUCCUGAUAGCAUGGAACACUCGUGCACGCGUUGUAACGACGCUCAGAAGCAUUUGGCCACUACAUACAUUAACGGUUUGCUCUCGAACGCUCCAGCUGACUACGACAGCUUCCUAAAGAAAUUUGACCCUGAUGAAAUAUACAGGACCAAAUUUAUGGAAGCUGUUAAAGGCUUUUAAACAUUGUUAAUGUCAAGAAAUAAAUCAGUUUCGCAUU